GAAGAAAGCGUCAGUUCGUGCGGAACAAAAUAUACUGAACGAUCCUAGUCUCCUAGAGUAUUUAUUUUUUUUUUUCCUUAUAUUUCGAUAUCAAAGUAUAAUUCGAGAUUUUGUUUAUUUUUAUUUUUUGUUGUCUUUUUUUCUUUUGUUCUUUUUCUUUCUCAUUCAACGUCGUACGAUUUCAAUAUUCAUUCAAUAAUAUUACAAUGUUAUUCUCGUGAUCAUUCGAGUACAAAUAUGUUUGCAAAAUUUGGUCUUAUUUUCUCUUGUGCGAUCGUCUACGUUCAAGGUAGAUCUAGAAAUGAUUUGUCGAGUGAAGGAACGUUUGAUAAUUCGUGUGACUUCGAUGAUACUCAAAAAUAUUACGAUUCCAAGGAUUUAUUACGAUGCAUGAAUUUCUUAGCCACGUAUUUGGAAAUACGUGAGAUCGAUAGAUCGACCAAGAAUGAAUAUAAUAGUCGAUUAUAUUCCGGACAAGAUUCUCCAUGGACUGAUUUGAUCGUAUCCUUGUUUAACGGCAUAUCGAAACCGGAUUAUCAGAUUCCACAAUUUUCAGAUACAGUAUCCAGUCAAUACCAAUCAAGUCAAUAUCCAACUACAGUAGGUGGACUUUUUGGCUCCUCGGGGAUUCUUAAUAUAAACCUUUUCGAGGCUCUUCAUUCGAUAUCUCGUUACGAUGAUCUGAAGUGCGUUCCCAGAAUACUUUGCGAAAUGGCGAGUGGUGUUACGCCAGGUGAAUUGAUAUACCGACGAGACACGAACAUGUUUAGCGGUAACAAUAUAUUAUUGAGGUUAUUAACAAAUUUAAAUUUUGCCGAGUCAUCUCCAAUUUUGAACUUUGGAAAGGCCGCUCUUUUAGGAUAUACAAGUAAAAAUAAUCCUAGAAAUUGCUAUCAAGAGUAUCCACAAUGUCCUAGUAAUCCUGAUCAGCUGAUUCAUUAUCUUAACAAUCACAACGGUGGAUUCUUUCGAUUUUUCAAUAAAUUUAAUCACGGAAAUAAUCCUUAUGCGAGACCUUAUAUCGUUCAAAACAAACAGAAUAAACCGUCUUCGAUAAAAUUUGAUUUCAAAAUCGAUUCCGAUCGGACUGGAACGGGUGAACUCAAGUUCGAUUCCAUCACUGAGAAUGACACUCGACAUUAUGAGCCUCGAAUAAAAAAUCAAAUAAAUCGCAUUAUAUUUCCAGAUGACGAAAGAUCAACGAUAUUCGUUGAAAUUUCGAAUAGAUUGCCUAAGACAUUGUUAAAUUUGGAUAAUAGCGAUACCAACGAUGAUAAUGACUCACAUAACGGCUCGAAUUUUUUUCCUCAGGUAAUCAAAAUGGAAAAAAAAGAAAGAAAGAAAGAAACAACAAAUGAGAGAAGAAAAAUACGAGGAAUCUAAUCUACUUUAUUCUUCGUCUCAACCAUUCUCAGAAUCAUCGUUCAAAACCUUCGUAUUUCCGGACGAUUGAAGAAGAAAGGUUAUUCCUGUGAUUUCACUUCGAUGACCAUCUUUAGUAAUCUAGAACGAUAAAGAAUCUUUUAAGAAAAAAAUCUAUAAAAUUAUCUUAAUCAAUAAGAUAGAUUAAUUGUUCUUUUUUUAUUUUUUUAUUUUUUUUUAUUUUUUACAACGACAUUAGAAUCCCCUCUAAUCUUAUUUUUAUUAAAAUAACAAGAAAAAAGAAAAAAAAAAGCAUUGAAUGUUUGAUAAGUUUCUCAUUGACGUUACCUCUGCUAUUUUUGCAAUCAAUCGUUUCAUCAUCUCCUUAUAAUAAAUCAAUUUGAAUCUUU